AAAACAAUGACCCCACUGUCAGUUGGAGUCGGAAGCAAGAUAUUUCAUGAAAGGUCCUUCACAACCCUUGCUUUAUUUUAAUCUAUCUACUACUCCAGUAAUAGCUCACUAGUCACUACCACCCACACACACAGAUACAUACAUACAGAGCCACAUCAUGCAUAGUAUAGGUCCAGCAGUGUCACAAUCUCCAUCAAAAUCAAUUCUUUUUCAGAGACAAAUUUCCAUAUUACACUAACCACUGCCACUUUUCAUAGGUCACCCUUGUACCACAUCACCACACUAGUUACAGGCCGAGCUGAGUAGUGCAACCACACACCGUCCUUGCUCUCACACGGUUGAGCCAUUGAGCUGCGUCAAGGCGAACCCAUGGCGACGCCGCCGGAGGAACCGCUGCCGCUGCCGCUGCCGCUGCCAAAGCCGCCAGAGCCAAAGCCGCCGAAGCCCAAGCCGAAGGGGCCGGACGAUCCCGAGCCAGAGCCGCCGAAGCCCAAGCCAGUAGGGCCGUUGCCUCAGCGGGACGGGGUCGGGGACCCCGGCAGCGGCGUCGUCGCCACGUCCCCGCCGGCGGACCUCCUCUGCGCCGACACCUGCUCCGGCGCAUGCGCGUACUUACCGCACUGCCAGCCGCCGCCUCCCGCAUCGUCGUCGCGCGGGACCACCUUGCACCUCCGCUCGAGCCGGCUGCCGACACCGCUCAUCGCGCUCUCGGCGUCGCUCCUCGCCGUCUCCGCGGUCCUCCUGCUCGCGCUGCUCGUCCACCGCCUCGUGGCUCGGCGGAGGCGGGCGCGGAACGCGGCGCUGGUGGCUCACCACGGUCACGGCGAGGAGGGUGGUGGCCACCAGGUGCUGGCUGGCGCGGUGGCGGGCGGCGGCGGCGAGGAGGAGGACGAGGAGGAGGCCGACGGCGGCGGCGGCGGCGUGCACCACGUGUGGUAUAUACGGACCAAGGGCCUCGACGAGCGCGCUAUAGCGGCCAUCGCCGCGGUGGUGUACGACGCCAAGCAGCGCGGCGCCCUCGGCCUCGGCGGCCACGGAGGGACCGACGGCGACGGCGACGGCGGCAGCUGCGCGGUGUGCCUCGCGGAGUUCCGGGACGGCGAGACGCUGCGCCUGCUGCCGCGGUGCGGCCACGCGUUCCACCGCGGGUGCAUCGACACCUGGCUCCGCGCCCACGUCAACUGCCCGCUCUGCCGCGCGCCCGUCCAGGUCUCCCUCGCCGCCGCUGCCGACAAUCCUAACGCCGCGCCGGGCGCGCCCACGGCCACGUCGGGGGGCCGACAGCGGCAGGAGAGGAAUCUUGUUGGCGCCGCCGUCGGUGCCGUUCAGGCGACAGAGGAGACCGCGCGCGGCGGCGUGCCAGACCGCGCCGUCAGGCGGGCCGCGUCCAUGGUGGCGCUGCCGCGGCGGGCGUGGCCGGACGUCUCGCUGCGGGCGCCGGCGUCGAGCAGCGGCCGCGAGGAGGACAUGACGGGGCUCGGCAAGAUCAGCCGGCUUCUCAAGUUCUCGGACGCGCUGGAGAUGGCCGGAAUCGGGGUCGAGCGGUCGGUCUCGUUUGGCGCCGGGAGCUGCCAGCGCUUGCCGACAAGGUCGGGGCCCUCGGCCGCCGCCGCCGGCGUCAGCGCUGACGAGACGUCACAGUGAACUCGUUGAUGCCGAGUUGCCGACGAUGAGGCGAUUGGGUAAAAAUUGCAGCUUUGGGAGUUGGGAGCUUGGAGGGGUGAAGGUUGGUGUUUGGUUUUUUGCGAAAGUUUUGUGUGCCACAUGAUGGGAAGAUAAAAGUGUCAUCUUUCCAAGUUUCGUGUAUAAUCAAUCACAAGUAACUCGUGAGUUUGUGCAUAUACUUGGGAGCGUCAGAAAUUGUAAAUAAGAAUUCCUGACAAACAAGUUUAAGUUUUGUAUGCGAAAUCACAGUACGCAUACAUGUGUAAGAUAUAACAUAUCACUUCUGUUCGUUCAGUAC